UCCGGCAGUAUAUGGAGGAGCAGGGCAUAGUGGACGCGAGAUCUUUGUCAGAGCCGGGCAUGCAGACGAGGCAGGCAGGUGGAGGGGAGUGUGCACACCGAGAUGAGGAUAUUAUGGACCAAUCGGCUGUGGAUGAGGUGGAGGCAUUUCUGGAUCGGCAGGCGAGGCGAGAGGCCGAUGCCAUGCGAGGCACUGCGGAGGUGGGAAGGGAGGGUGAUUCGAGUCCUCCUCCUCCGCAUUUGAGGGGGGAGGAGGUAGUGAUGACUGCGAAUGGCACGGGAGGGGGAUGCCGUGAUGCUGAGCAGAGAGAGAGAGAGAGAGGGAAGAGGGGUGUCGAUGCAGUGGACGACGACAUUUCUGCGCAGGGGCGCAAGAGACCAAGAAAGAUGACCAUCGACGAGGUGUACGACGGUGACGCUCAGCAGCGGGCUAGGAGCACGUUUUUGCAGUGGGUGUACGACGCGGGGAUUCCAUUUCGUGCUUUCCGGAGGAGCUCUUGGAGGAGACACCGCAAGGCGGUGGCAGAAUUGCCACGUGGAGUACGGAUGGUGUAUCCUAGUUUCAAGGAGAUUGGGGAUAGUGGGGUUAUUGGGGAGCGAGAUGCAAUGCACGGCGCUGCUCUUCACCUUUUCAGGUCGAAGAGCAAGCGCCGAUCUCUUGUUCAGCCAGUGGAGACACGAUUCGCGUCUGUGCUUUUGAUGCUCCUUUGGCUAAAGGAGCGCAGAGACGCGCUUCAGUCGAUGUUGCACGAUGACGCUUGGGACAACAUUCCCUGGGAAUCUCAAUUGGGCGACCAGGCGGUGUGGGUGCGCCAGACUAUCCGGGACGGAUUGUUUUGGUGGGAUGUGGAGUACGGCAUUCUGGUCAUGACUCCCAUCCACCAGUUGCUCAGGAGGCUGGACAGGGGCGGGAUGGUUAUGUCCCUGGUUUAUUCUUGGAGUCGCCUUGUGGUCGCCGAGUUGCGACUCUUGCAGGACGAAGAGAGGAUCCCCUCCGAUAUAGUGGAUGAUUGCAUCCAUCAGGUCCUCGCCCGUCGCCAGCACAUGCUGGCGCCGCCGCACGCCACGACGCAUCUCCUCAACCCUCGUAGGCAUCAUCUUCGGUACUACGACGCGAGGGUGAGGACUGCAGAGGACUUGGAGGUCGUGCAAGAGUGCGACAGUUUCUUCCUUGCCCAGGCGGGGGGAGAUCGAGCAGGCACUCACUACUUGCGGAACGAGGUACGAGCUGUGGCAGCGGAAGGUGGUUCAACGGGGCCUGUUGACGAGGAGCCAGAGCCCUUGGUGCGACCCCACACGUCAAUGACGGAGGAGGAGUUGGCGGCGAUCAGACGCCGAUUGCAUCAGCUAGGUAGUCGGCGUCCUCGUCCUGUAUCAGAGGUGUUUGGUGCGAGAGCCGCGGUGCUCCUCCCCUACGAGGGGGAAGUGCCGGAGGAGGAGGUUGUGGACGGCGCGGCGGGGCCAGCGCGCGAUGACGCCGUUGACGACGAUGAUAACUGGACCGACCUUGAGGAGAUCGCAUGUCGUGCAAAUAAGAGUCUAGAGAGACUCUACUUCGCACAGGGUGGACAUAGCACCGGGGCACAGCCUCAAACUACGCUCAUGAGAGCAGAGGAUGACCCUCCACGAGGCGCAUCAGACACACGCCAUGGCACAGGACGUGGCGCGGGCACGAGGCGCACCAGAGAUGCCACACAACCGAGGAGGAGGGUGUUCGGUGUUGACAGCAGCGACGAUGAGCGUAUGGUGCAGGACGACGAUGCUUUGUUGCGUGCACGUCAUUCGUCGGCGCCUGAGGUCGGGAGAGAGGCUCGGCCUCUUAGACGGUCGGAGAGGCUGGUUAGUCGCGACAGCACAGCCCCACAGACAGAGACCGCUUGUUCGCAGCACCUGGAGGACAUACUGGGCAAUCAGGUGGAGGGUGAGCAGCCUGAGCAGCGCACUCCUGCUCAGCAGGAGCCAUCACGGGAUAUUCCUUUCGACUUGCGGACGAGGGACUCCAUGGUGGGUGGGGAGGGUACGUCCGGUGGCAACAUUGCGAGACGCCAGCACAUUCGAGUGGGGGACAUGGCGGACUACUAUCCCCAUGACACGCAGAGGGAGGAGACCCAAGUAGAGCGUGACGCGCUCAUUGACGCCGAGGGCCUUCGGGUGAUACGACACACCAUGCCACUCUCUCGCCAUCGCCGACCGUUACGGGACAUGCUGAUGUUCCACUUGUGUCAACAUCGCCUCCUGCACCGUGCGGGUCGCCUGCGUCCCAGGCUCCUCUUACCUUAGGGGUAGGAGGUUCAGACACAAUGGACUCAAAGUCGGAUGUUGUGCGCGACGUUGUACUGGGACUUAUGGCAGCUGCAGGUGCGGAGGUAGAGCAGUUGUUCAGUCAUGAGGAGCAUCGUGUUGACGUUAGAGCCACAUAGUGUUUGGAGGCGGACGGUGCAGACACCGAGGAGCCACAUAGGGUGCCCAUUCAUGUU